GGUCUAUAUAGAUAAUUGUGCCCUUCGUGACAACUGAACGGGGUGAACGGGUGAUCAUCCAUUUACAUUUUAUGUUGCAUUUUUAGUAUUAUUAUUAUCAGUAAUAACAGUAUUUCCUUUCUGCCACUCACACUAGUUGUAUUACGUUUAGAGCAAUCAUUAGAAUAAAGUACUUUAAAAUCAAAAAGCCAGGCACCUUCGAAGACAGCCCGACGCUUUCUCGACCUUUACGGGUCCUGGCGUUGCUUAGAGACGCGUUGUUGUCGCGCAUCUCCACAGUAAAUUUUUCUGGAACCAAACCGAAAAUUUUAAUCACAAAAUAGCGAUGUUUGUCUAGUCUGUUAUCCAGCCGUGAAUGCGAACAAAUUUACGACGUGCUUUAAACAUAUCUGCACUAAAUUGUUAUAAAAUAUUCUGCCGUGAAUAAUGAUUUAGAUUUAGCUUGGGUUAUCAGGCUAAUCUGCUAACUAAUUAGCCAGUUAGCCAAAGCGAGAUUCAGACACGCUCGACGUAUUUUUUGGGAAAAUAGACUUUAUUAUUCGCGUUACGGCUUGUGAAGAUGAACUAAACGCAAUCUCUAGAUUUAAUGGAGAAAAGCAGCGGUGUUUCGGCUGUUUUCUUCAUCUAAUCUAAUCCCGGUGUUUCGGCUGUUUUCUUCAUCUAACUUAAUCUAAUCCCGGUGCGGGAAAACGCUCAGUGUUUACAUCCCUGCUGGACUCGCGAUGGACUCAGGAGGCAUCUCUGAUCUAGACCUGGACAAAUAUGACGCUGAUGAACAAGUCAAGAUCAUCUGCCUCGGAGACAGCGCUGUGGGCAAAUCCAAGCUCAUGGAGAGAUUCCUUAUGGAUGGAUAUCGGCCUCAGCAGCUCUCCACAUACGCUCUGACUCUGUACAAAUACACCACCACCAUCAAUGGACAAACCGUCCUGGUUGAUUUCUGGGAUACUGCAGGGCAGGAACGUUUUCGAAGCAUGCACCCGUCUUACUACCAUAAAGCUCAUGCUUGUGUCAUGGUGUUUGAUGUCCAGAGGAAAAUCACAUAUAAGAAUCUCCCAAAUUGGUACAAAGAACUGCGGGAGUACCGUCCAGAGAUUCCCUGUCUGGUGGUCGCUAACAAGAUAGACGCUGACAUUAAGGUCACCCAGAAGAGUUUCAACUUCGCUAAGAAACAAGGUCUGCCUUUCUACUUUGUAUCUGCUGCCGAUGGGACCAAUGUGGUCAAGGUGUUUAAAGAUGCCAUUCAGAUGGCUCUGUCCUACAAGAAGAACUCCAGUGACUUCAUGGAUGAAGUCAUGAGGGAGCUAGAGAACUUUGAAUUAGAGAGUAAAGAAGAAUCAUCUGAUAAAGAAGAGACACAAGAGGGAAAACUGGACUCAGCGUGACCACUCAUCACACCUUUCUUAUUCUCUGUCUUCACUGCUUCUGCAGUUGUACUGAUGAGAUCUUCAGAUCAUGGCUGUCCUCUCACCAUCCUGAACAGCUGAACUCUACCUCACACCACUCAAAGUGUGUCUGAUUUUGGAAUAAAUUAUGCUUCGGUGAAUGUACAGCUGGCAUUAACAGAUGAUGGACAUGAUGGUAUCACAAUGCACUCUGAACUUUGAUUUGAUACGAAUUGUGGAGCAUGCAGAUUUAGCAUGUAGAUCUAAAACUUGUAAAACUCUGGAAUGUGAAGCUUUGUGCCGGAUGUAACAUGAAAUAUUUGUAAUUUACAUUAUUUUGAUUUCAGGUGAAAUUUUCGGUGAAAUAUUUAUGAGCCACUGAGAUUUAAGUGUACUAUUUUAUAGCAUUUGCACAUUUCAAGUAACAAUUGGUGAUGCUCAAUGGUAUCAGUAAAGUACUUGAUCUUUGUACAAGGGUAGUUGAUUAUACUGUACAAGCUGAAACAAUUACCGUAUACCGUUUUAGGAUAAGCAUGUUUCCUUAUACAUUUACAAAACGCAAACUUUUAUGUUCAUCCCAUUUGCCAAUUAACCUGAUUUUUAUAUUAAAGCAGAUUGUUAGAAAAAUAUCUGAGAAUAGGAUCAAACUCUUCUCAGGAAUGGAUGAGACAGCCAUGAUGCAAACUCAGUGUAGCGGAUUAAUGUGUUUGUGAAAACCAGAGCAAAUAAAGAGCAGUGACUAUUCUGAUGAUCACUGACAAAACCUUCAGGUUACAGAUCCAGACUUUUAUCUUAAAAAGAGGACGAAUGACUUGUGUGUACUUUACCUGAUAAUGUGCAGCUUUCAUUCUUUGACCCACUCACUGGACAUCUCAAAGAGAAUCAAAUGGACAUGCAAGCCAAUUGUAAAGCAUUCAUUGCCACUUCCACAUGCAACUGUUUGAUGCUGUCCAGUGAAACGGGGGAAGUUCAGGAGUGCAUCUCAAGAAAUGUCAAGAACACUCCUAUCAUGUUACAGCACAACCAAAACACACCAUCCCUCAAAUUUUUUUAAAUUACUGAUUGUAAAUUAUUUACAUUUUAAAGUAUUUGUUCUCUAAUGAAUGUAAUUGGUGCAGAUUUUUUUUAGGUCAACAAUUAUGUUUGGACAGAUGUUUGUCAUGCGGGAUUGUCAUAAAAAUGCAACCAAGGUCCAAAAUGCAUCAUGCAAAAAAUCAACGUUUAAUCAAUUUCAUUAUGCAAAAUUAUAUUUGAAGUAAAACAUGAACCAGAUAUUUAUUCACGAGUUUCCCCUUUAGAAAUCAGAAAUAAUCAUUACUGUAAAGAGCAUUUAUUCAUAUUGCACAAACUGUGAAGUUUUAUUUUUCUAUUAUUGCAUUUAGUUCGUGUUUUGUGAUGUUUUGCACAAGUGCUUUAUAUAUCAAACAUAGAUCUGUGUUGGUGAACUGAAAUAGAACCAGCUUUGUACUGAACAUGAAUGUGUGUAAAUGAACUGGAAACAACUUACAUCUCUUUAGAAAAAUGUUCUUAUUUCUGAAGCCUCUAGGUGUUUUUAUGUACAGUCAUUUUCUUGUUCUGUGAGCAGAAUGGUGUUCAUAUUAAAGAAUUAUGAAGCAGGAUCUCA